CACAAUUUUCCCGCCAAAAGUCGUUAAUUUGCCUCUAAUUUUUGCUUCUUACAGAUAUUGUCUCACUUCUCUUCCUGAAGUCUACUAUCUCACUCCCUGCCAUCAGUCGUCUCUACAAUGGACAUGGACAUGGACUUUGACAUGGAAAUGGACAUGGACGUUCCCCUCCCCGAAGAACUCGAAUUACUCGAAUCAAGCUAUCGUAUCUACGAACAAGAAGAUCAUGACAAUUACUAUUCCCACCCUCCUGAAGACGAAACCGAACCCCAACCCGAACAACCUUCGCCAGAUCUCGCGUCUCCCUCCGAACCCCAAUCCGACAGCCUGAAACGUCCUCGUUCCAAUUCGAGCUCCGAUUUAGAUUUGGAUUUGGAUUCUUCUGAUGUAGAAAAACGGGAGAAAGUUAGGGUUAGGGUUGAAGAUCCUCCCGCAGAAGAGGAUUGGCUUCGGUAUUCUCCUCCUCCUUCGGUUACGGUUGAAGAAGUGAGAUUCUCCAAGGAGAAGACGUUAUCGCGAUACGCAUCGGAGAUUGACGGCGAAUGUAUGCCGGUAACUGCGCCCAAUGGGGAUAGGGUUUAUACCAAGCUUGAUAGAUACUACGGAGAAGAGCGAGUUACGAAGCUGAAUUGUAGAGGAUAUUCUUCUGAUCUUGCUUUAGAACCGAUUAGUGUUCUGUUUGAAAGGUUGGAGCAAGAGACAUUCACCAAGACCUUGGAAGCUAGUUCUGAAUCCCAAAGUUUUGUAGAUGUUCCUCCAACACUAACGGUCCAUGAGCAACUUUGGGUAGAUAAAUAUGCUCCAAAAUCGUUUACGGAUCUUCUCAGUGAUGAACAGACAAAUCGUGAGGUACUCUUGUGGUUAAAACAAUGGGAUUCUACAGUGUUUGGUUCUGAAAUUCGUAGUACAUCAGACGAUGUUUUGUCUGCAUUGAAACGACAUUCUUCUAUUUCGCAUAAUCAGAAAUCUCUGGGUUCAAAUUUUCCCAGGACAAAAGGAGGGCACAAUUGGAGUAGUAAUAACAGGUAUAUAAAUUCUAGAAGUACAGAUGAGAGUGGUAAUUCAAAGAAUAUUCAGGAUAUACGGAAUACAAAGUCAAGGAAUGUUGGUGCACCAGAACAUAAGAUCCUUCUGCUAUGCGGACCCCCAGGUCUCGGUAAAACUACACUUGCACAUGUAGCUGCUAGGCAUUGUGGAUAUCAUGUGGUGGAGGUUAAUGCUAGUGAUGAUCGUUCUACAUCAACGAUUGAAGCAAAAAUCCUUGAUGUGGUUCAGAUGAACUCUGUCUUGUCUGAUUCAAAGCCAAAGUGUCUGGUGGUGGAUGAAAUUGAUGGAGCCCUUAGUGAUGGAAAAGGUGCUGUGGAAGUUCUUUUAAAGAUGAUUUCUGCUGAGAGGAAGCCUGAUGCAGGGAAGCAAAGUUUGGAUAAAGGACAAAUGGAAAGGAAGUCAUCAAAGAAAGGGCGGAAAACUGCGUCACUGUCAAGACCUGUGAUUUGCAUAUGUAAUGACCUAUAUGCACCUGCCUUAAGAUCAUUACGCCAAGUGGCCAAGGUUCAUAUAUUUAUUCAACCAACAAUUACCCGGGUGGUAAGCAGACUAAAAUAUAUAUGUAACAAGGAGGGGGUGAAGGCCAAUGCCAUUGCACUCACUGCUUUAGCGCAAUAUACAGAAUGUGAUAUACGCUCAUGUUUGAACACUCUCCAAUUUCUCUCCAAGAAGAAAGAAACCCUCAAUGUGUUUGAUAUUGGUUCACAAGUUGUUGGUCAGAAGGACAUGUCAAAAAAUGUUAUAGACAUCUGGAAAGAGUUGUUCCAAAGAAAAAGGACAAAAAAGAUCGAUAGAAAAUCUAAUAAUAGCAAGUUCUCUGAAUUUGACACCUUGUACUCCCUUAUAUCAUACCGAGGUGAUAGUGACCUGAUUCUGGAUGGCAUUCAUGAAAAUAUUCUGCAGCUCAAUUAUCAUGAUCCAGUUAUGCAGAAAACUGUCAAGUGCCUCAACAGUCUUGAAGUUUAUGAUCUGUUGCAUCAAUAUAUAAUGCGUACACAACAAAUGUCUCUCCUUGUUCAUUUGCCUCCUGUAGCAAUUACUGUACAUCACAUAGUAGCUCAAGUUCAGAAGCCAAACAUUGAGUGGCCAAAGUCAUAUCACAGGUAUCGAACAAUGAAUAUGGAAAAUAUGGAGAUUUUGAAUACUUGGCAUUACAAAAUCCCACCACAUAUUGCAAGGCACUUGUCAGCUACUUCCUUUGUUGAAGACUUAAUUUCUCCAUUGUUACACAUCCUGUCCCCACGAACCAUAAGACCGGUGGCCUUGCAAUUACUAUCAGAUAAGGAGAAGAAUGAUAUUGCUCACUUAGUCAGCACAAUGGUCUCAUAUGCUAUAACAUAUAAGAAAAUGAAAUCAGAUACGCUGCCUAAUACCCUGAAGUAUGAAGUAGCAGAUGAGUUGGCUUUGUCUCUCUUUCCUGCUAUCGGUAACUUUGUAAACUUUAAGGAUUAUACUUCAAACCAUUAUGUGCUUUCUUUAGCUAUGAAGCAGGUUCUGGUGCAUGAAGUUGAAAAGCAUAAGAUUUUACAAGCUAAUGUCAAAGCUGUGGCUUUAGCAAAUGGAGGGCAUGGAGUUAUUGACUCUGGAACUAACAACAUUCCAUUUGCCAAUACCAAUAAUCAUACAGCUGUAGUUGAUAUGGAAACCAUUGGAAGUCAAGCUAAUGUCUUAGCUAGGAAAUCAAAUGACAAUCGCAAGACAGUUUUACCAAACUUGAGUCUAACUAAAAUUUCAACUGCAACAGACAAUGCAAAACUGCUUGACAUGGGAAAUAAGAAAAAACCAUUAAGGAGUUCCUCAAGUUUCUUCGACAGGUGAUUCUUCCUCAAUAAUUUGUAUUUCUUAUGUACUUCGUUAUCAUGACUCUGUAAAACAUUAUUUUAGCAUCAGUUAUUAACAUAAGCCAUACAAUUUAGUCAUGGAUUUUUUUCCCCCCAUCUUAUUUAGUGGUCAAUACACAGCACAAGCAAAAUUAUGAUGAAACAUACUACAAUAACCUAGCGAUACUAUAUACUAUCUGUUGAAAAUAAAAUAUUAGUAUGUAAAUAAAUAGAAAGUCUGUAAGUAUUCCUAUCGUCUAUAAGUAUUCCUGUCAUUAUGUGUAUUUAUCACAUAAAGUCUAUAUAAAGAUCUUCCUUCGUGUAGUUGAAACACAUAGGUUAUUCAACAUGUCUCUCAAUAUAUUCUAGCAUUAGUUAUUAACAUAAGCCAAACAAUUCAGUCAUGUAUUUUUUUUUUCCGCAUCUUAUUUAGUGGUCAAUACACAGCACAAGCAAAAUUAUGAUGAAACAUACUACAAUAACCUAGCGAUACUAAAUACUUUCUAUUGAAGAAAACUGUACACAA